AUGGGGUCUGCAGCAGGCGACAGCACUGAGGACAACCGCUUCGACGGCUUGUUUGCAACAGUCGCCGAGCAAGCGGGGGGAAUUGAACCUCUUUUCGACUACUUCUUCGGUUUUCUCUGUCGGAAGACUGACUUUUUCACUGUGGGCCGCGCCGCAUGCAAAGACAUGCUAGACAAGUCUUUUCGCAAGUGGACAGACAAAGCCACUGAAAAGGCCGAGAAGGAGCGUAUACAACGCGAGAAGCAGCAGAAGCAGCAACAGCAACGGCAACAGCAGCGCCAGGAGCAGGAGCGCCAGCGGCAGCGGCAGCAACCAGUGGACCUCAGCAACCGCCCAAAGGUCGAGGAGCUGACCGAGGAAGAAGAGGCCCUUUUCGCUCCUGCUGAAAAUAAAGCAGCAGCAGCCUCAACAGCAGCCGCAGAUGUACCACCUAGCGCCAAAUCGACUGGAGAGGAAGGAGACACAUCGGACGACGAGAAGGAAACCACUCGACCGGAGGGCAACGGGGGCCAGACAGACAAGCUGCGUAGCCGGCCUCCCUGUGAGGUUGUAUUUGCCAGCCGUAGUGCAGAGAGCAGGUAUCGUUGGACCCAAACACUGGAGUCUGUGGACGUCUACGUGCCUGUGGGCGAAGGCGUGCGUGCGGCGCAGUGUGAAGUCAAGAUAACCGCCACUAGGCUGACUUUGGGUCUCAAAGGGCAGGCUCCCAUCUUGAGUGCGAAGACGACGCCACGUUGA